GAUCAGGAUUCUAUAUACAUCACCAGUCUGGAUCCCCCUGGGUUCAAGGGGCAUUUAGAGAAUGUAUUUUCUGAAGAAGUUAAACGUUUAAUACCUCAGCGUCUGAAGAACAUUGUUACACAUUUGGCAGCAAGGUGGUAUUGUACACACACACGCACACGCACAUGCACACGCUGAAACCCCUGCGCUGUACCAGCUGACUAUUUACCAACACCUUAUAGUUAAAAUAACGUGUAUGUAUGCUUUGACUAGUGAAUGGAAAUUACAAGGUUUCUGAAACCCGGCCCUGGAUAAGAUGCAUUUUACUAGUAUUCGGUAGAGUAAAAAAAAUCUUUCCAACCCAAACUUACUGACUUUCAAAUAGUAACACGCCAUGCCCGACAGGAAUGUGAUGUGAACUUUAGCACAUUUUACAAUUACUUCGAACAAUAAAAGUAACUACGCUUAAUAAUGCAAAGGCAUAUAUUUUCUUUUAUUUUUAUAAAGUUUCCUUAUAAAGGCUGCAUCGCAACGAGACUUUUACAAAGAGCAACAGAUCCUAGGGUUGUUGCAUAUUAACGUGGAGUUCAUGUUAAUGAAAUACAUUAAAACUUAUUGAGAAAUUCAAAAGAGGUAACAAUUAACACGGAUUCAAAUGUAUACGCAAAUGUAUAAAUAAUAGAAAUUAUAAAACGUUGUUGGACAAUCAAAUUACCAAACAAAGAAAUCUUGUAUACAAACAUUUGUAAAAAGUUCACCCCCUUCUGACCUUGUUGAGAAAUUUUGUACUGUAAGUAUCUUGCGACUGGAGAACUUUCAGAUCAGCCACGCCCCUCAAACUUGGAUAUGGAUGCUUCUGUUUGUGAUUGGUCAGGAGCCCCGAAUGACAACACCUGCUUUACUCCUUCAUUCAAACUGACACCAGAGCUUUGGAAAUAUAGGCAGCAUCUCUUACAGUCCUAGUCACUUUUCAGCACUACAUUGCACAGCCACCGCUUCACAGCUGGUUAAUAUAAGCAGUGGUAAAUUAAGCCAACGGAACCCCCACACACCCCCCACACCCCCCAAAACAAUUUAAAAAAAAUCUGCUAUUUAAACUAUGCAAGCAGAAAUGUUGGUUACAUUAGCAACGAUCCUGCUGACUUUCACAGUCAUUGAUCAGGUGGCGGGGGUGGAUGUUACAGGUCUUCCAGAUAACCAGCAAGACAGGGAAAAACUCUCCAGCCAGCAAAAAGGACGCCUUUCUCUGCAGAAUACAGCUGAGAUACAGCACUGCCUGAUCAGUGCUGGCGACGUUGGAUGUGGCGUUUUUGAGUGUUUUGAAAACAACUCCUGCGAAAUCCAAGGGCUGCAUGAAAUAUGCAUGAAUUUUCUCCACAGUGCAGGAAAGUUUGAUGCACAGGGUAAGUCAUUUAUCAAAGACGCGCUCAAAUGCAUGGCUCAUGGUCUGAGACAAAAAUUUAGCUGCAUCAGCCGUAAGUGCCUGGCCAUCAAGGAGAUGGUGGUUCAACUGCAGAGAGAGUGCUACCUCAAGCAUAACCUGUGCUCUGCAGCGAAGGAGAACGUCAUUGUCAUGGUCGAAAUGAUCCACUUUCAAGACCUGAUUCUGAAGGGGCCUUACGUGGAGCUGGUGAACAUCCUGCUGAGCUGUGGGGAGGAAGUGAAGGAGGCCAUCACUCGGAGUGUGCGUGUCCAGUGUGAGCAGAACUGGGGUGCUCUGUGUGACAGCUUGGGCUUCUGUGCAUUCAACAAGCAGGGAGAGCAGGCUGCAGCAACCAGGACCCCGGAGAAGAGGCACGGAGAAGGCAGCAAUAAGGGUGGCAGUAGAGACCCCACUGACCCGAGCCAUCAAUACCCUGAACCAGAGCGUGACCACACCAGAACCUCUAGAGGAGACAAAGAGAAAGGCAGCAAGGUCCACCACAACACUCACAUGCGAGUUCGGUCCAGCAGUCAGAGUUCAAGACGUCUCAGUGGGGAAACCGACAUCGCAGAUGAAGAAGACCCUUUAAUGACAGACAUCAGGAGGUGAAGGACAGAGACACCGACUCCAACAGAACUUUUCAGCUUUUUUCCUUUUAACAGAAAAACUCAGAUUUCCCAUCAAACAGACAUUCCCAAAUCAUAUACCAGAAAGCUGUAGGUUUUGUGUGGUGCAGUGCAUUAUGAAUGGUCUGAUUAUUUUCCAGAUAUUCUGUUU